AUGUACCUUUAUCCAUGCAUCUGUCCUGACCCAGGUCUGAACGAACCACGCCCGUCGGGCUUUACCAUUUCAAUGGAUGUGACGAUGAUGAUGAUGAUGAUGAUGAUGAUGAUGAAUCGGAUAUAUGAUAAUGGUGAUGAUGAUUAUGAUUCGGAUAUUGAUGAUGAUGAUGAUGAUGAUGAUGAUGAUGAUGAUGAUGAGGAUGAUGAUGAUUCGGAUGAUGAUGAUUCGGAUGAUGAUGAUGAUUCGUUUGAGGAUGAUGAUGAUGAUGAUGAUGAUGAUGAUGAUGAUGAUGAUGAUGAUGAUGAUGAAUGA